GAAGCUGAGUAUGGUGGACAUGAUCAGAUUGAUUUAUAUGAUGAUGUAAUUUCUCCAUCUGCAAAUAAUGGAGAUGCCCCAGAAGAUCGUGAUUACAUGGAUUCUCUCCCACCAUCUGUUGGGGAUGAUGUAGGUAAAGGAGCUGCACCAAAUGUUGUCUAUACAUAUACUGGAAAGAGAAUUGCCUUGUACAUUGGAAAUCUUACUUGGUGGACAACAGAUGAAGACUUAACUGAAGCAGUUCAUUCACUGGGGGUAAAUGAUAUUUUGGAGAUAAAAUUUUUUGAAAAUCGUGCUAAUGGCCAGUCUAAAGGGUUUGCCCUUGUGGGUGUGGGAUCGGAAGCAUCCUCCAAAAAGUUGAUGGAUUUGUUGCCAAAAAGAGAAUUGCAUGGGCAGAAUCCUGUUGUGACUCCGUGUAAUAAACAAUUUCUGAGUCAAUUUGAAAUGCAGUCAAGGAAAACCACACAGUCUGGCCAGAUGUCUGGGGAGGGUAAAGCUGGUCCCCCAGGAGGAAGCUCACGAGCAGCAUUUCCACCUAGUAAUAGAGGGCGAGGCCGUUUUCCAGGUGCCAUUCCAGGUGGAGACAGAUUCCCUGGACCGGCAGGGCCAGGAGGGCCACCACCACCUUUCCCAGGUAAAAUAAUUCAUAUGUGGAGUUUCAGUUUCAUCU